AUGGGAUCAAUAUGUUAAAGGUAAUAAAUAAAAAGAAAGGAAUCAAAAUAAAUUCAAACAGAAUAAGUUAUUGAAUAAUUUAAUAAUAACACAAAUAUCUUUAAUAACAUAAACAUUGUAAUAGAGUUGAUUUACGAUAUUAGUAUCAUUGAUAUGGAGAUAUAUUAGUAAAUGAUCUUGAUUUGAAGUAAAAGUAAGAAGUGUAUGUUGAAGAAUAGAUUAAGAUUUAAGUGCAUUAGGAUGUUGAAUAAUAACUUGAGAAUUUAGUUUCUGAAGAAUCUCUUCAUUCAUUCCAUCAAUCUUAAAAUCCAAUUGCUUCAAUAACUUUAGAAAAUGAAUAAGAACCAUAUUCUUAAUUACUUCAAAGUAUGAUUGUGAAAAAGAAGGAGAAACUUUAAGUAAUUUAAUAAGAUAUUCAAAUGAUUGAUUACUCACCAAUAAAAUAGGAAUCUAAAUCUUAGACAUCAUAAAUCAUUUAGUCAGUUGAACCAUUUAAUUUAGAUUUUGAAUCAUCCUCGUCGUCUGAAUCAAUUUAAUGGAACUAGGAAUACACUAUUGAUAGUAAUGGAGAAAUUUUGGUAACUGGGAUUGUUAAUUGACUUU